AAGCCACGCAUUGAGGAUAAAAAGUUUAAGGAAGUUUAUCGAAACAUAAAAAAUGAAGACAUGUGUUUAGUGGCUAGGAAUAAAGCUACAUAAAGUGAAUAAAUAGUGUUUAAUAAAGUAAGGAUGACUGUUCCUAAAUUAAUAAAUUGUGAGACUUAAAAACAAUUCCAUAUCAUCAUCCGUGCAUAUAGUAAAAAAAAAGUUCAAAAACAUUAUUGUGACAUUGACCUUAAUUACAAUCUACAACCAUCUUUAAUAUGAAAUUUUUAUUCAUUGUAAGCCCACGGGUAUAGUCAAAUAAAUAAUAAAUAUUAUUGUCCGUGUGUGAUAAAUUGAUGAAGUAACAAACGUGAAAAGACAGUGCUGUACAUAACCCAUAAAAAAAAGCUCACGUCAUCAAAAAUGGUAAUUGCUUAUUCGACCGUCAUUUGUCAGAAUUGCUAUUGCUACUGAUGUGCAUGGAAGAGAAUCAACAUUAAAAUUUCAAAUUUUCAUUUUCGUUGCCUUGCUUGUUGGCCCGUCGAUACACCGUUGGCUAUGAAAAGCUGGUUGAAAUAGUUUUUUCACUCUCUUUUAGUACGAUGUACAGCAAAUAACAUCCUGUGCUGGAUACUUUCCAAAAAAAACACACUGCCCAACUGAUUCUUAAUCUCCGAUAUUUUCACUCUUGCCGCCGUUCCAGCAGGACGAAAGAUACUUAAAAAUUAAUUUUAUUACAAUUUUUUUUUUCGCGUGGUUCAAACGUACAGAAUCAUCAGCUGAUGAACAUAGCAAGGAGGUACGAGGAAAGCGAAAAUUGUAAUCACAAGCAGCACCAAAUGCAAGAGAUUGUGCAUUUAUCAUGAAGGUAGAUAAAGGUGUUUGCACAACAAACGAUGCAUAUUUUGCUGGAAGUAACAAUAAUACCGUAAACACGACACAAACGGCAACAAAUGAAUUAAAUAGUAUCAUAAAGUUUGAAACAGUCUUUACAACAUUAGUCGAGAAUAAAAUUUUGGCCAUAAAACGUGAGUGUGAGCAGCAUGAGACCAAAAAGAAAUCACGUACGUUGAAAAACAUUUUGUUGAGAAAAUCAAAUUUAAGUUCGGUGCCAGCAAUCGAAACUGCAACAACAACAACACCAUUAACACCGACAGCACCGAUAACUGACAGUUAUAUCACACCGAUCGAUGAGGAAGGUCCAAAAGAGACAGACACAAGUCGCAAAAAAGAUGGCAAAAAUAUUUUCUUUAAAUAUCGCAAACGACCGACAAAGGAUGAUGUUGAAAAGGGUAAUGCGCAACCGGAUAAUGAGCAAUUUAAGGAAGUGCCAUCGAAAUUUAACGAUGAUGAUGAGCUAGUGAAUGUAAUUGUAGUUCCAAACGAAUCGAUAAAUCAGCAAUCAGACGAUAAAGAUGUGGUAGAUGUCAAAUUAGAUAGUCAAUCAAAUGAAUUAGUUAUAGCUGCCGAUGUCGAUGCCAGAAAUUUAUUUAAUCUUCCCGUAUCUAAUGCUAAGCUUAUUACAGACGAUAAACAAAGUAAUUGUGAUAAAUUAAUUAUUAAUAGUCAUACGACGGAUAAUAACAAUGCACAAGUAACGCUGAGCACAACUAAAAGUAAUAAUUGUAAUGUCGAACGAAAGCAGAACGUGACGUCAUUCGUUCAGCAGCAACAACAUACAGAAAAGGUGGUGGAAAAUUUGGAAUUAGCAGCAAAGGCGAUAAAUAAUGAAAAUGAUGAAAGUUUAGCAACGACAAUUGACAUUAGUUUACAGCAAUCGUCUGUUAUUGUACUAAGUAGUAAGGAACAUGCUGGUGAACUGCCAAUCAAUAAUCAAAUCAAUAAUAAUAGUAGUAAUAACAAUAAUGUUAAUGACAAAAGUGAUGUUGCAAUAUGUGACGAUGGUCUAUCCAGUCAGAAUACAAGUGAUAUUGAAUUCUCAUUAGUAAGCGAAAAUUCUAUUAGUGACUUGCCUGAAAAGCUUCGCAAAAAAGUAACAGCCGGUGUAACAGCAGCGACAACAACUGUAACUAAUUCCGAUCCAAUUAUUAAGAAAUCAGUCAAUGUUAUAUCGCCUCCUUUGACACGUCUUGAGAAGAAGCCUUGCGAGCGGAAAGCGAAAAGUUGUCAAUCGACGCCUAUUUUUGGUCGACACAAGCACGUCCGUAGCGAGAGUGAGGGAAAGAAGAUUCUGACUUUUCAAAGAGAAUUGCCAACAAAAAAGUACGAGACAAAAAUCACAGAUGCAGUAAAAUCGGAAACAAUUGUAAUUGCCCCAGCGUCAACAUCUGCAGCGAUAGCGACAAUAACGACAACGACAUUAGCAUCAAAAUCCAUACCACCGGCACCAUUAGAGUCUGUUCAUAUGACAACGACUAAAAAAAUUCAAAAGCAUUCGUCAAAGCAUCGCGAUGUGUCGAUUGAAUACGAAAUUACUUAUGAUGAUGACAAUGAUAAUCAAUCACCGCAUGGAUUCAUAUCAAGCUUCAAUCAAUUGACAUCACAAAAGCAACCUGCAGCUAUAAUAUCGGCAAAUCUUAAGAAACAGACGUCGAAGCAGGUGAAAGGACUGCAAGCGAAAGACAGCAUUAAAAGUCAGCAUGAGACCGAAAAGACUGUCACGAAUCAAGAAGUAGAGCUUGAGUUGGACGAAUUAAAUGUGGAUGUAGUCAAUAAAAAGAAAAGAAGACGAAGACACAGCAGUCGUUCUGAUCCUGUUUAUCCUUCAACAUCAACAACAGGACUUAAACAUUGCAUUCUUAGUCGACCACCAAAUCAACCGAUCCAAAUCGAUUACGAUCAAGGCUUUAUGUAUGAUGUUUCACUUCAAAUCGAAUCUGAAUUCAAUGGAGAUGUAAAAUCGAUAGUGCCUGAUGAGCGUAAAAGACAUAGACGCAAGCACCACGAUCAUGAAAGAUGUCGCAAGAAGAAAAAGAAGCGGAAAAUUUUCGUUCAUAAUUUGGAUGAUAAGAGCCUGAAGGUAAUCGAUCCAGAUUCGGAGGAGCUUCCUCAACGAGCAAAAUUCACAAUAAUCGCAACUGCAUGUCUACUACUAAUAAUGUGUCUAUUACUUGUUGGAGUUACUCUACGUAUGGCACCGCUAAUAGAUGACAUGGAACAAAUUCUCGGUGUGAAAAUAAUUAAAUUUCCAUCAUAUAAUCAUGUACUAAUUGCAAUCAUUAGUUCAAUAGUCAAUGUAAACAUUCAGUGUAGCAUUAAAUCAACUUUCCACAUCCAUUCAAGCACAAAUAAUAGCGGAAGUGAGAGAAGGAUGUUGAUUAUUGCUAAAGAUAUAAUGAUAAACAAACAAAUAAACGUUUUGAAUUGUGCUAAUCGUGAAUUACUAAAGUAA